AUGUCUUCUACUUCUAGAAACGUUACAUCAACUGCUGCUCAAAGUAUGGCAACUGAUAGAAUUUAUCCCACUGGGGAAGUCAAUAGUGAAGACUCAUCUGAACUACUUGCAACCAAUAAUACAUUUAGUAAAUUUUUGAAACCUAUAUCUACCAGAUUAGAUAGGAUACAUACCACUAUAUUACAAUGCUUUCUAACUGACGAAGGGAUAUUAGAAUUAGAAAGACAGUCAUUUGAAGAUGAAGACGAAUGUAUUUUAUGUCUGGAUUCUGCUCCUGGAAUUAAGACUACGGUAGGUUUAGUAUUAUUCUUUCUUAUGAUAAUGGGCAUGAAGGGUGUGAUGAUAUUCACAACCAUUCAAACACAACCCCAAUAA